GUUGGAGCUCCAUUAGGAGUCAAGGGCAAAAAGGAGACUUCUUCCUAACGAUUGGUAAUAUUAGACCAAAAGUUUAACGGAGGGUAAAGAUGCUCUAUUUUGGACCCUAUGGAAAAUUUGGCCCUUUACAUAUUAGACCAAAAGUUUAAUGAAGGGUAAAGUUGUUCUAUUUAAAUCAGUGAAUGAAGUCUGUAAGUAGGAUUAAUAGCCCUGAGACUGAAAAUGGAAAUUUGUCAUGCAACCUACCAUAUUGAUACCAAAACAAGUUGCUAAACUGUUCGCUUGGUUAAUUCAGGCAUCCCAACAAGUUGCUAAACCAUUUUAUGAUGAAAAGGUGGAACCUACCACAUUGAUACCAAAACAAGUUGGCAACAUGUACACCGCGUCUCUCUAUGCUGCUUUUGCGUCCCUCCUUCACAAUAAGCACGACACAUUGGCUGGUCAGCGGGUAAUCAUGUUCUCCUAUGGGGGUGGAUCGACUGCAACAAUGUUUUCACUAAAACUUAACGAAGGUCAACAUCCUUUUAGUUUGUCAAACAUUGCAAGUGUGAUGAAUAAUGUUGCAGAGAGGCUGGAAAAGAGAUAUGAGUACACUCCUGAGGAAGUCGACAUUUUUGUUGGACUUUAUGAGGCCAGAAGAGAGUUUGGCAUCAAAAAUGACUAUUGGUGUGAAAUGCCUGGCAACCUUCUACCAGGAGGAGCCUACUACCAUAUAGGGGUUGAUUCCGAGUACAGAAGGGCUUAUGGUAAGAAGACUCCCCAGAUUGAAGAGUACAUAGAAGAAGAAGAAGAAGAAGAAGCAGUGUGCCUGCUGGAUGUAUAUGCUAUACACUUAUGUUUCUUUUUUCAUCUGGAGUUUCUUGUUUGUAUUUAUUUACAUUAUCCUGAUUGAGUUGGUUGUUGAUUUGCAUCUA